AUGGAGGUUUUUAUGGAUGAUUUUUCGGUUUAUGGCUCAUCUUUCUCUUCGUGUUUGUCUAACUUAUGCAAGGUUCUUCAAUGUUGUGUGCACAAACACCUUGUUCUGAAUUGGGAGAAAUACCAUUUCAUGGUCACCGAUGGGAUUGUCUUGGGUCAUCGAAUUUCUGAGAAGGGGAUAGAAGUUGACAAGGCCAAGAUUAAGGCUCUGAUAACAGCUCUAAUAGUUCAGCCACCCGAUUGGAACCUUCCAUUCGAAGUUAUGUGCGAUGAAAGCGAUUUUGCUAUUGGAGCAGUUUUGGGACAACGCAAGGAUGGCUCCAAAGUCAUUGUACACAUCGAUCACGCUGCACUACGUUACUUGCUAACAAAAAAGGAUGUUAAACUGAGACUGUUACGGUGGAUCCUGCUUUUGCAAGAGUUCGAUCUUGAGAUAAGGGACAAGAAAGGGGUAGAGAACGGUGUGGCAGACCACCUUUCUAGGCUGAGAAUCGAUGAAGAGAUCCCCAUAGAUGACCGAUUACUUGAGGAGAAUGUGUAUGUGAUCUCAGCUUUCAUGGACUGCUAUAAGGAGAAGGCCGAUGCCAAGGUUCUUCAACAAAUAAGUAAUGAUUCCCCAUGGUAUGCUGAUAUUGCAAACUACUUUUGUGCUACAGAAGAACCUCCGAAUUUCACUGAUAUGCUAAGAAGAAGUUCUUACGAGAUGUGCGACGCUACUUCUGGGAUGAACCUUAUCUUUACAAGCAUUGUGCUGACGGUCUCUACAGAAGAUGUGUUCUAG